UGACAGAUCUAUAACAGCCAGUUCAUGUUGGCAGUCUGUGUGUAUCUGUUCAUUAGAAACGGGUCGCGGCACAAAGAUUUUUAUCAGUAUUAAUUAAUACUUUAUCGCGUUUGUAAGUAGCUGGUGAAUUUACGAGCGAAGAAAGGAAAAGCCUGCAACAUGGAGGACGAUGGGGAUGACAAAGAUGAUUUCAAAAGGAGGACACGUAAUCUUAGUGAAAAGAAAAGACGUGAUCAAUUUAAUACGCUUGUUCAUGAACUGGGAGCAAUGAUCUCAUCAAAUAACAGAAAAAUGGAUAAAUCAACAAUUCUCCGAACAACCAUAUACUUCUUAAAGAAUCAUAAUGAAAUAACAGCACGAGCAAGAGCCCACGAUGUGCAAGACGAUUGGAAACCUGCUUUCUUGACUAACGAAGAGUUCACAUAUUUACUACUUGAGGCUUUGGAGGGUUUUGUCAUAGUAUUUUCAGCAAAUGGACGCAUCAUUUAUGUCUCUGAAAGUGUUGCAUCUCUAUUAGGCCAUAACCCGAAUGAUAUUAUUAAUAAAAAUAUAUAUGAUUUAGUAUAUAAAGAUGAUCGCUGUAAUCUUUAUGGAUUACUACAAAAUCCUGAUACAUCAGUGCAUGCAGCGAAAAACGACAAUGCAGACAAUGAGAUAAAUUUCCAAUGUCUCAUGCGUAGAGGUACGCUGGAUUUCCGUGAUGACGUCAGCUACGAACUUAUUCAAUUUAAUGGAUACUUCCGUACUGACAUAGAGCAGGAUGAAAACUGCGAUUUAACUUUUGAAGAUCCACAUGAUUCCAGGGUUGUUUACUUCUGUACGGCCAAGCUGGGCACUCCUCAACUAAUCCGGGAUGUAUCGCUUGUGGAUCCAGAUCGUAACGAAUUUGUUUCACGACAUAGUUUAGAAUGGAAAUUUCUCUUUCUGGACCACCGCGCCCCACCAAUCAUUGGUUACCUGCCAUUUGAAGUGCUCGGCACAUCGGGCUAUGAUUAUUACCAUUUUGACGAUCUUGAGAAAGUAAUUACGUGCCAUGAAGCAUUGAUGCAAAAGGGGGAGUUAACAUCCUGCUACUACAGAUUUCUAACAAAGGGUCAGCAAUGGAUUUGGCUUCAGUCACGCUUCUAUAUAACUUAUCACCAGUGGCAUUCCAAGCCCGAGUUUGUUGUAUGCACUCAUCGUGUGGUUAGCUAUGUCGAUGUACAGACACCCACAAAGCAAGAAAAUAUAGAGCAAGACACUAGCACUGAUUGUGAACCAAGCCACAGUGGUUUAAAGGAGCCUUUAUCAGAGGAGGCUACAGCAGUAUCACCUUCUUACAUGUCCGAAUCCAGUGAUGCUUACGGGAAUUGCAUCUCACAGAUACAGCAGCAAUCACAAUCAGUGAAGUCAAUGCCAACUUCAGCGGACAGCGUGUGUGCAACGGUGGCCUCCGCUGGCACGCCCGUCACUCCCGCGGCCAGCUGGCCCUCUCGCUCGCCGUACCAGCCCCACGGCGUCGGCUCCGACACCGGCUCCGUGUCCGGCGACUCGCGGUCGUCGCAGCGCAACAGUUCUCAAGAUACACAAAAUGUGCAUGAGGCAACACUCGUUCCGCAGCACAAUAUUGGAGCCCAGUAUUUGGAGCCAGUUCCGUAUGUAGGCCCUGUCAGUAUGCCUGGUGUACUUCCUAUGUCUCUGCCCCCGCUACCGGUCAUCGUAUCACCGAAUCAGGCGCAACUACAGGAGCAGUUGCAGCGCACGCACCGCGAGCUGCAGCACAUGAUAUUCCGCCAACAGGAGGAGCUGCGGUUGGUCAAGGAGCAGCUGAUGCUGGCACGGCUCGGCAUUUUUCAGCCCAUGAUUAGUGUUCAAGAUCCUUAUGGCCAUAAUGAAGAAAUAUUGCAUGUUCCGCGCAUUCCACCACAAAUAGUAUACGACGGGACACAUCCAAGGGCCCUUGGCGGCUACACGCCGCAUCAGCUACACCAGCCGCAGCCGCUGCAGUUACCUCAGGCACAGGCUCUACAGGCGCAAGCGCUUCAGGCACAAGCGCACCAGGCGCAGGCGCAACAGCACCAGUCAGCAGUGCACGAGUCGCAGAUGCUUCGCUCGCCAGUGCAUCAGCCAAACACUUCACAGUCGCCAGUGCAACAGUCACAGAUGAAGCUAUCGCCAGUGGAACAGUCACAGAUGCAGCUAUCGCCAGUGCAACAGUCACAGAUGAAGUUAUCGCCAGUGCAACAGUCACAGAUGAAGCUAUCGCCAGUGCAACAGUCACAGAUGAAGCUAUCGCCAGUGCAACAGUCACAGAUGAAGCUAUCGCCAGUGCAACAGUCACAAAUGAAGCUAUCGCCAGUGCAACAGUCACAGAUGAAGCUAUCGCCAGUGGAACAGUCACAGAUGCAGCUAUCGCCAGUGGAACAGUCACAGAUGCAGCUAUCGCCAGUGCAACAGUCACAGAUGAAGCUAUCGCCAGUGCAACAGUCACAGAUGAAGCUAUCGCCAGUGGAACAGUCACAGAUGCAGCUAUCGCCAGUGCAACAGUCACAGAUGCAGCUAUCGCCAGUGCAACAGUCACAGAUGAAGCUAUCGCCAGUGCAACAGUCACAGAUGCAGCUAUCGCCAGUGCAACAGUCACAGAUGAAGCUAUCGCCAGUGCAACAGUCACAGAUGCAGCUAUCGCCAGUGCAACAAUCACAGACGCAGCUAUCGCCAGUGCAACAGUCACAGACACCUCAGGUGCAAACUUUUCAGGUGCAACUGCACCCAGAGCAGUCUCAUCCUUUGCCAUUACACCAGUCGCAGGCUCCUCAGGCUCAGACGCUACAGGUGCAGGCGCCCCAGUUGAAGGCUCAUCACUCAUCAGUACCAAAGGCACAGGUGCCUCAGGCUCAAGCUCUUCAGAUUCAAGGGCACCAUGUGCCGACUCAUCGUACUCCAGUGCAACAGGCUCAGGCGAUUCAGGUGCAAGCGCACCAAGUUCAGGCGCUUCAGGCACAAGCACAUCAGGUGCAGUCGCUUCAGGCACAAGCAAACCAGGUGCAAGCGCUUCAGGCACAAGCCCAUCACUCGCAAGGGCGCCAGGUGCAAACGCUUCAGGCACAAGCACAUCACUCGUCAGGGCGCCAGGUGCAAACGCUUCAGGCACAAGCCCAUCACUCGUCAGGGCGCCAAGCGCAAGCUCCUCAGGUACAGACGCUGCAGGCGCCGUCACACCAGGCGCACCUGCUGCAGGCACAAGGGCACCAGGCGCAGAUGCAGCAGUCACAGACGCGUCAGAGUCAGGCGCACCAGUCCCAGAUGCAGCAGUCACAGACGCGUCAGAGUCAGGCGCACCAGUCCCAGAUGCAGCAGUCACAGACGCGUCAGAGUCAGGCGCACCAGUCCCAGAUGCAGCAGUCACAGACGCGUCAGAGUCAGGCACACCAGUCCCAGAUGCAGCAGUCACAGACGCGUCAGAGUCAGGCGCACCAGUCCCAGAUGCAGCAGUCACAGACGCGUCAGAGUCAGGCGCACCAGUCCCAGAUGCAGCAGUCACAGACGCGUCAGAGUCAGGCGCACCAGUCCCAGAUGCAGCAGUCACAGACUCGUCAGAGUCAGGCGCACCAGUCCCAGAUGCAGCAGUCACAGACGCGUCAGAGUCAGGCGCACCAGUCCCAGAUGCAGCAGUCACAGACGCGUCAGAGUCAGGCGCACCAGUCCCAGAUGCAGCAGUCACAGACGCGUCAGAGUCAGGCGCUUCAGUCCCAGAUGCAGCAGUCACAGACGCGUCAGAGUCAGGCGCACCAGUCCCAGAUGCACCAAGUGCAUGCGCAUCCGCUCCAGCCGCAGUCGGACCACCCCGCGCGUGGAGCCCAGAACCAGUACAAUCCAAAUAUGUCUCGUGCUCCACAGUAAAAUGUUUGUUAAGUUCUUGAUACACAUGUUCAUACAUAUUAUGAAACUAGCUAGCCAGGGGUUAUUUUAAGUUAAAUUUAAAGGCCGUUUCGACUAAUAUUCCCUUGAGAUCCCUGCAGGGGGAUUCAUUUACUUCGGCAAUUCUUGAUUGAAAAUUAUGAACAUGUGUAUCACAGCUCUUACUGUUCCAAAGCUUUGAGUACUACUUGUGGUACUUCAGAUCUCAUUAAAAUAACUUUCUUUUAUGCACAAAUAUAUGAAAUAUUUUUUUUUAAGUAAGUCAAUGUUACACUCUAUCAUUUUAUGUCAUAAUAUUUGUUCAAUGUUAUUGACAUACAUUGCUUAUGUAAUACUGUAAUAUUAUUCGAUUCUUAAAUAUUGUAGUCGACACCAAGUCGAUCUCCUAAAUGUACUAGAUCUAAAUGUUGAUAAAUGUGAUGUUUUAAUGUGUACCAAUGGUUUAUCUAAUCUUUUGAAUUAUUAUAAAAGUAGUAGUAUUAGAACGUGCUUUUACUGUCGUAUUUGUAUUACCGUGAAAUUCUGACUUUUACAGUAUUUUCUUAGGUAUAUAAAUUCCCAGUUCCCACAAAAAUUAUGACAAGGUAUGCCUUUUUUGCACAGGCUAAACGUAACAUACCCAGGGCUCAUACUCGGUAUGUAUGAGGUGCGCGGGCUGUAUGUCGGGCAUCCUCAUCAUCGAGUCCUGGCGUAGCCGCAAAUGCCCUGCCCAAUGCCAUAAGUGUCAGCAGUUCUAACACAGUUUUCAUAACUGCCACAGGCCCACAGACUGUGAGCUGUGGUGAAUAUCACCCCGCCAGGGACUGCCAAUGUCCACUUAUUUUUCAUCCUUCUGGGCCAUUUCCGCACUUGGCCUUUGUACAUAUGCCCACGUCCAUGCGACGAGCCCCCGACGUACACCAACUUUAAGGGCGCAUACUGUCGCUUGGCCAGUCUUCCGGAAGGAGACCUGGAAUAGCAUAAUAAACUAAAUACGCAAUAAUGUGAUUAAAAUUUUCUUUUACUUUUAUAUCGUUCUGAAAUCGAGGUAUAUUUUUUUCAAUAUUUCCUUUUUAUAUUAAACUCUCAUUUACCAGACAACCUCCUUCGUACAUGGUGGAACAAAUUGUGGUAUUAAAAAAAAGCUAAAAACAAAAGAAUGUGAACAUUUUUGUCUCACUAGGUGAAUGAACACCACUUUUGCUCACUAUUUUCAAACAGCAAACACGCCAUUUUUGAGCUAGUGAAGUGACAUCAGGCGAUGCUUCUGUACUUGCCCAAAAUCACCGGUGACGCCGCUGAGGUCCCAUUAAGGGCACUUUCAUAAUUAGAAAAAAAAAACUUUUUAAUUACGGCCCACGUACGCGGUACAAUUUAUAUGCAACUAAUCUACGUGUUAAUCCAGGCUAUAAUAUAUUUCAAGACCAAAUUUCAGCUCAUUCGGUUCAAUAGUUGAGGUGUGAAAGAGUAACAAACAUUCAUAUCAUCAAAAUCAUCAGUUUUCGCAAAUCUCGGGAAACCAUGGAUUUUUCGGGAUAAAAAGCCUAUGUGAGUAAAAUCUAUUUCCAUUCCAAAUUUUAGCCAAAUCGCUUCAGUAGUAGCGGCGUUAAAGAGUAACAAACAUCCAUACAAUCAUCCAUACAAACUUUCGCGUUUAUAAUAUUAGUAGGAUUUAUAUUGCACUUUAAAAUGUUUUGUACACCUCAAAGUAAACAAAUAAUAUAAGUCAGAAUUCCACGGAUUCAAGAAUACGACAAUACAUUAUUAGUAAGUUAAGUCCGUUGUUUUAUAAUUUUUUCAUUAUAUUAUUCUACUUUUACUACAACGUUUUAUUAUAUUCAAUGUUGCGGAUCUAAAUUGAUGUUUUCUCAUCCGCAGCCGAAUCACCCUAAGAGAGUUAGUUAUAUACAUAGCAUACAGUGUGUACCAAAAACCCUGUUGUUCGUUGCAGGUGUGUUUUUAUAAUCGUAUAGCCUUCGCAAUUACACAAUCUUAUUAUGAAAACAUCAAUAGGUAAGCAGUUUUUGUUUAUUCUCAAUACGCCUAAUAAAAUGGACUCAUCAAAAAAAUGUUUUUAGCUUCUGAAUAGAUUUACCGCGGAAUUACACAAAUAAUAUCGGCGCCUUUGUCGGCGUCCGCGCACGUCGCUUUUCACUCGCCGCCAACCGUCUUUCGACGCCGCGGAGCGCCCCGCCGCCCGACUCUCUGAUCAGACGAUCUAGUCGCUCGCGCACUUUCCUGCUAAAAGGACGUACGUAUUGAAUCGCGAAAUACCUAUGUAAAAAGUCUUACUCGAAUGCAGAAUAUUUUAUAACAUGUUGAUGUGUCUCAGGCAAUGUAACUGCAAUUAUGCAGAGGCGCGCCGGCUUUAUGAGGAGCUCCUCAUAAAGCCGGCGCGCCUAUGCGAGACCGGGAAACUCAGCAUUGCCGUCGACAAGGGCAAUCCAACGCUUGCACAUCCGUAUGUACAAUACUGGAAGUGCACACGGCUGGGACCAAUAUCGUGUUGAUGCAGGAAGACACAGAAUUCACGAUGGAAACAUUGAGAAGCAAAUCCUGGACAUGUUUGGGAAGUCCAAAGCUACACGCUCAGUGGGCUACACCUAGGCAUAAACCACAUGCGUGUAUGGAGAGUCCUCAAGGAUGAAGGCCAACAUCCAUUUCAUUAUCAGCGAGUUCAAUCUCUUCUCGCGGAUUACGAGCCUAGAAUGGUUUAAAGCAGAUGAGUUCUCGACAAGGUCGCAGAGGAUAGUGAGUUUUUGGAUCACGUACUGUUCACUGAUGAGUGAUCAUUUGCUAGUGAGCUGUGAGGGAAUAUUUAAAUAUGGAUCACGGGGAACGGUGGAUUGGCAGAAGUGGGCCCGUCAAUUGAGCUGCCAGAGUGACCUCACGGCAUUGGACUUUUUUCUGUAGGGUGCUGUAAAACUAUCCGUUUUUUAAAAAAACGUGCUAUACCGAGGAUGAAAUGCGUUUGAGAAUAGACGAUCGGGAUGUGCAUGUGUUAUUAUUUAAGUGGCUAAGUACGUACUUUCCUAGAUCAUUAAAUAAUAACACAUGCACAUCCCGAUCGUCUAUUCUCAAACGCAUUUCAUCCUCGGUAUACACAACAUUAUUAAAACAUACAGCCAAACGUAGAACCUCCUCCUUUUUGGGAGUCGGUUAAAAUGACAAUCAGCUGAGUGAUUCUGACGACACGUGUUAUGUUCAUGACCUUUGAGUAGUUACCUAUUUUUCGGACAGCCCGUGCGCCGCGGCCGGGCGGCUUUCAUUGAUAGACUUGUUUCUGUCUCACCGCAGUUAUAUUGCAGGGGUAAGAAAUCACUUUCAUUUUACAAAUAUUAAUGAUUUAAUAUUUUUUAUUUAGUAUUUUUUCCAUAUAGGUUGUGUUCCUAUGUCUGAAUGUCGAUUCUGAAAUCGCUCCUCAAAGGAACAACAGGGUUUUUGGUACACACUGUAUAUAUAUAUUAAAUCUGUUGUAGUUAGCUAAUGUUUGCGUCAGUUUCAAAACAAAAGAAUACAAUUUUAUAAAUUGCUUUUGUUUUAGUUUUUAUAUUAUCACGCUUUCUAUAUUUUUUAUGUACUAUGCAAGAUAGAACUAAAUAAAAAUUGAAAUCUGUAUUUCAUUUAUUUUUAUAUUAAUACUUUAAAGUUAUUUUAGUUGUUAUAGAUAUUAUAAUUAUAGUUUUUCAAUAUAGCAAAAUAGAUGUAUAUCUUGUAGGUUACUUUAUGUAUUACACUAUAGAAUAAGAAAGGUUUCUAAUAUAUCAGUGUUACUGUCGGGCUGUGCAAUUACUUAGCUGUUAUACUUUAAUAUUAUAUAUAUAAUAUAUAAUAUUAAAGUAAAUUUGAUAUUUUAUUUGAAUACAAAUUUCAAUUUAACUUGCCACUAAAGUUUUAGUAUUUGUGCUCAAGCAUAGACUAUCGCCUCUGUGUAUGUAUGUAAAUAUUUUCCCUAUUAGCAAUUUUCAGAGUUUUCACAUUUUUUAGCUGAAAUUUAUUUAUAUUCGAAGAAACCCCAAUAAUGCGUUAAUUCGAGGUUGGAUGAAAAUCCAAGAUACCCAGGUUCGAAAACCAUUAGCUUUUCUAUUUUCGUAUCUAGAUAGAUAGUCAUCUUCAAAAAACUUUGCUAUUAUUCUUGUAUUCCAAAAAUAGUUACCAACCUAUCCAAAAAUAUUUUCGAGCCUUUAUUAUAAUAUAAACUUAUUUUAAUUAUAGGGAUCUAUAAAUAGGUGAUUGUAUUAAUUAAUUGUUGUGUGUGUUGGAUGUAUUUGAAAAAAAAAAAUUAUUUUAUAAGACGAGUAUGCGUAUAAUAUAUAUACUGUUCAGUUAAGAUGUCCAUAAUGUAUAAUUUUGUUUACUCGUAUUUACUAUACACAUUUUUUUCAUAUAUUCGCAGAUGUUAUGUUUUGUAAAUUUUUUAUUUGUAAUUUUUUAUACAUUUACAUCAAUUAUUACAUGUGUGCAAUUGGCAAACUUUUGUCCAACUUUGUUUAUGAAAGAUGCUUAUGACUAUACUACCGAUGAUGAGGUUCAUACCUCAUGAGUGAAUUGGCAAACUUUUGUCCAACUUGGUAGGAGGGAGCCAUUUUUAUCGGUAUUUUUUAACGUUGCGCUAACGUUGUCCCACACAACAUAAUUGUUUGUAGUGAAUAAUAUAGUAUGUAAGUUUAAAAUUUCAUAAUGUGUAGAACAAAUGUAUAGACAUCACAGUAUCAACAGUUUAACAUGAGCAAUGAGCAUUGAUGCAUUGCAACCUCGGCAGGAAACUGUCCACACGGUUGGAUUUAAAUCCAAAAAUACGGAUUUAGUCUGACCAGAAAUAUAAGGAGCCUGGGUUGAGGGUGCCACAAAUAUGUUAGCAUAUUAAGCAAAAUCAUAGAAUGCUAAUUGACUAAAGUAGUUGCCUUUUUCCGCAAUAUUUAUAUUACGGAAAAAAGAUAAUUUUUGUCAAACGUAUAGUAACAAUUUACAUCAACAGGAUGAAUUUGUAUUUUGAUACUGACGUUGUCGUUUACAUUGCUUUAUGUUAUAUAUUGCUUUGUGACUUAUCAUGUAUUAGGGACCUCGCGCAUUAUGUGGCUACGGGCAAUUAGUCAUUGGGCGUGGUCGCAAUAUUCACAACUUUCUCUAUGUACACGACUGGUCGUAAUGCGACCAAUUGUCAUUUGUUAUUGUGCCCGUGUGUUCCAGGGUAUGUGGGCGACGAAGCACGAGUAAAGGGUUGACAGGAAAGAGUUGAUAUAUAUUAUCACAUAUCCAUAUAGUACCUGUAUUAUAGUAAAUAAAUGUUAUACAAAAAAUGUAUUUUUGUAUAACAUUUAUUUACAUCUUUAAAAAAAAACAUAUAAAUAAAAAUCAAAAUAAAUUCCCAUUAAAUAUUUUAAAAAAUCAAUUUUGAAAUUGAUGUAUUUAUAAGUUACUUGGUUGGCUUGACAACCAAUAACUUAUCUUGUCGUUAACAUUUUUGAAUAUGAAUAUCGUGUGCGGUUUGUUCUGACAGACGUAGUUCAUAAAUACGAAUUGACGUCGAUAGUGACUGCCCUCGACUGCUGCGUGGAAAUCGUGCACGCGAGCUCCCUCGCAAUCAUAAUAUGUCCUCUGUCGCCCGCAUACCAUAUAUGUCCUCUGUCGCCCGCAUACCAUAGGAGUGUGAACAGUGAGAUUGAAAAGCUAUAGUGUGCGACCGUUCAUAGCAAGCAAUACGUAACUUGGUCGCUGAGACCAUUCGUGAUGGCCGGCCUAGUGCCAAGUGUGCGAUGUUUAUAAUUAUGGUUUUUUCAGUUAAUCUGAUCGUUGCGACCACUUAUCGUGGCCGUAGUCGCGUAUUGUACUAGGUCCCUUAGUCAACCAUUUUAGAUCUUGGUUGGAUAUAAUAUAUAUAACCGUAUCUUAUUGCUAAUGUGAAUGUUUUGGAUACAGUAGAAACUCGAGUAACCAGACUAAUUGUUGCCAUAAUGCAAAGAUAAUGGAAAAUUUUAAUAGUCUAAUUGAAUAAACUCGUACGAAGUAUAAACUAUUUGUACAUAAAUUUCUUAUAAAAAGAUUUGAAUAUCGUAUCAGAAUAAAUAAUGCGUUUUAGUUAACUUAAACAAACACAUUCCUUUACAACUUCCCUUUUGUCUUCUAUAUGACUCAAACAUUACUUCAUUUCUACUUUUGGCCUAUUAAUCUAAUUUAUACGUUUAACUUAAGGUAUGGAUGUAAUACUAGUGAAUGUAUGUGUAAUGACAAUAAUAAUAAUAAGGCUGGUACACACCUACACAGGCAAUCAAUGUGACGAAAUAAGUCUCGUUCGAUUAGCUCGCCAAAAUGGCGGUGUUUUGAAAUAUGCCAGAUAAUAUUUUAAGAUUUUAUUUUGCAGAAAAUAAUGAUUUAUCGCUGGUUUUUACUUUUAUAAUUUAGCUAUAUAGAAAUGAAUUUAUAAUACAAAAAAUGUAUACAUGUUCCCUAUUCAAACUCAUUUAACGCAGUGCAAAGCCAUAUUACAAUUGUUUAAGUAAAUUCCAUUUUAUAAUAACGCAUUUUUGUUCUCUGGAAUUAGAAGUCAAAUUUGAAUUUUUUUAAUAACGAAUUUUGCAAUAAUAUCUAUUAAAUAUGAUCAAUAUUCUGAUUUUACCGUUGAGCUAUUGAGGCUAUACGACUGAAUUUUAAAUUAUAAAUAUCUGCCAUGCCAAAUAUAUAGGCCAUGUAGUUUCCUCUUCCGAGUUUUAAACCUCCUGUCGGCGAUAUCAGUAUUAUAGAUAUCAGAAAAAAACAUCGUGAGAAACACCUGCAUACUUGAUAAUUUUCUUAAUUCUAUUUGUGUGUGAAGUCUAUUAGCCUAACCCUUCUCAUUCUGAGAAAAGCCCAUGCUCUACAGUUAGCCGGAAAUGGGUUGUUAAUGAUGAUCUAUAUUCUGUUAUUAGACCUGUCUCUUAUGUUGUCUUAUCCGUCGCUCUACAUUUCUUGCCCACAUCCUACAGUCAGUCCCCGUAUUAUUCCUAGUUAUUUUAUAGUCCUUAAUUCGUCUUUUAGUCAUCCGUACUAUAAAAUAUGCCGAUUCAAAAUAAACAUUGUUUUUAUUAAAUGAACGAAAUGACUAACAGUGGAAUUCAUAGACGAUGCGGGGUUGCCCCCAGGGGACCGUUCACCCGCUGAGUGUCGAAUUUAACUAUGCGUUUGAGAAGUCGACACUCUCACUCUAUGUCACGUCUAUGAAUUCUACAGUAAGAAGCGAUCGCAAACUCACCUUAUACCGUGACGCAUUAAAUUAUGCCCUAAACUAAACUAAAGAAUGUUAAUAUACCGAAAGUAAACAGGGUAAACAAUAUGUAUGUAUGUAAGUCAGAAAGUGAUAUUGUGCGUAGAUUUCAAUUCUUCUCUGGUAAAAUUAAUGUUAUAUGGAUGUUUAUUGUAGUAAAUGUGAAAAAAAAUAAAAAAAUGAUUUAACAAUCAAA